UCUCUUGGUUAGCAGUUAGAAGGCGUAUUACUGUAGAAGUUAACUAUGCAAUCGAUCUAAGCGUACUGUACUUUCAAAAUGGAUGGGGGUACAAGAGCGAUAGUUUACGUUUGUGUAUUUUUACUUGUUGGACACAAUACUAUUCAAUUCGGAGGGUGCGCACCCACUCUGAACAAUGGUGAAGACAUCUUCACGAUUCAGCACGAGAGCUCAGGGCGGUGCCUCAGGGCAGACCUGCACGAUUUUGAGCUGGUGCAGUGCAGCGGCUCUCCAGAGGAGGAGUGGAAGUGGGGGUCAGGACACCGGCUGUUCCACGUGGUCACGGCCCAGUGUUUGGGUCUGAAGGUCCAAGGCAAGACCCUGGCUCUGCUGGACUGCAGCUCAUCGGAAGGGGGACUCUCCUGGCGCUGCAUCGGGCGGGCCGUCUACGUCUGGUUCGGGAAGUACCUCUCCGUGACCGAAGGCAAACUCGGGGCCGAGAGCAGUUCGCAGCAUGGAUGGGUGAGGUACAACACAACGGAAAGCAUCUGCCACCAGCCUUACCAAGUCGUGUUUACCACUGGCGGAAAUUCCCUGGGAGCACCCUGUGAAUUCCCCUUCCGCUACAAUGCUACCUGGUACCAUGGGUGCGUCCCCACUGAUGACGGCUUAUCCUGGUGCUCCACGACCGCAGAUUUCGACACAGACAGGAUGAUGGGAUAUUGCUUAGAAUACGAGGACGGAUGUGAGCGCCUGUGGACAAAUUCCAGUUCGGGAUACUGCUACCAGCACAACAAUCAGUUGGCAGUGCCUUGGCAGCAAGCCAGGGCCUCCUGUGCCAGUCAGGGCGCCGACCUGCUCAGCAUCACCAGCCGAGAGGAACUGGACCUCGUCUUUAAUGCUGAUGGUCCUAGCCAGAUGUGGAUUGGAUUAAACCAGCUGGACAUGACUCAGGGCUGGCUGUGGUCGGAUGGCUCUCCACUCGCGUUUGUUAACUGGAAAGAAGGGAUGAUGAGCGCUUCGAUCCUGAAAGAGUCUGACUGCGCAGUGAUGACCACCGGAGGCUUCUGGGAAAAGACCGCGUGCAGCAAAAAACUGCCAUUCAUCUGCAAGAAAGCGUCUACUCUGCCUGAGCCAACAAACCCAUGGGUGCUCAAGUCCGCAAAAUGUGAAAGUGGCUGGCGCCAGUGGAACGGGUUCUGCUACAAGCUGGUGAAAGAGCCGUUAGCCCAAGGGGAUGCCCAGCAGAUCUGCACACUCAGCAAGGCGGCGCUGGUCAGCACACACAGCCUGGCAGAACUCGAGAUGAUGAACGACUUGCACACCGACAGAGGGAUGGACAUCUGGACUGGUCUUCAGAGUGAGGAGGCUUCUUCCCCUUUCCAGUGGACUGACAAAUCUCCAGUCUCCUUCACCCACUGGGCCAGGAAUGAACCUCGUGUACAAGAUGGCAAGCUCAACUGCGUGUCCUACUUCGGAGAGCUUUCUCUCUGGAGAGUCAGCGCAUGUGAAAAUGUGCUGCCUUACGUGUGUAAAAAGAAGGGAGAGGACACAGAGACUGUCGUUGAUGAAGGAUGCCCCACUGAUGGGGAGUGGAAGAGACACGGCAAUGCAUGUUACAAGGUGGAUGCCAAAAAGGUUUUGUUCAAGGAUAGGUGUGACCUCACAAUCAUGAACAGAUUUGAGCAGGCUUACAUCAGCAGUCUCAUCAGGGAGCACGGCGAGACCCAGUAUUACUGGGUGGGGCUAGAUGACGCUAACAGCACCGGGGAGUACCAUUGGAGCAACAACAGCCGGCUAACUUUUUCAAACUGGGCUAAGGACGAGCCAGCUCGGCCUGGACAGUGUGCUGUGAUGUCCAGCGGGGUGCUCCUGGGGCAGUGGCAGCUGCAGAGUUGCUCCGAGUUUAGUGCCGGCUCCGUGUGUAAGAAGCAGAUCCUCCCUCCUUCUCCCGACCCUGAGCCCGACCCCAGUCUCCCUUGCCCUGAUGGGUGGGAGUCUAAAGAGGGCUUUCUCUACUGCUACAAGGUCUUCCACGAGGAGAGGGUGAGUCGCACUCGGACGUGGGAGGAGGCGGAGCGCUUCUGCGAGGCUCUGGGGGGCCACCUGCCCAGCUUCAGCAACCAGGACGACAUGGAGGUCCUGCACACCAUCCUGAGGGGAUCUAUCAGUAAUGACCGGUACUUCUGGAUCGGGCUGAAUCGCAGAAACCCGUUAUCUGGCAAUGCCUGGGAGUGGAGUGACGGCAGAGCGGUAUCCUCUGUUUUUUUCACAGGAGAGCUUCAGGAAGAUGAUGAAUAUAACCGUGAUUGUGUUGCCUUAAAGACUAUGAAGAGGUCCUAUUUGUCCUUCCUCCUCUUGCUCCAUGGUUAUUCGCUGCAGCAUUUUCUUGCCAGUAAUUUUCAUUGUGAAGCUCAGCUGGAGUGGGUCUGCCAAAUCCCUCGAGGCAAGACACCACGUACUCCUGAAUGGUAUAACCCAGAUGGGCACCAUGAGUCAUCAAUAUUCGUUGAUGGAAAUGAGUUCUGGUUUGUGGCUGAGCCCAUGCUCCCAUUCGAGGAAGCUGACCUAUACUGUUCGAGUAACGGCAGCGCUCUGGCAACACCACAGUCCAUGAAGGAAGUGGGGGCUAUCCUAAAACAACUUAAAAAGCUUUCAGAUAAAAAACAGAGCUGGUGGGUGGAGACUGGAGAACUUGGGGCAACUUCUCCCAUGCUAUUGCCCCCCUUACGCCGGCACUAUUCCACAUUCCUUGGUAGAUGUUCUUCCUUGAAUACCGACUUUGCAUUUCCUGAGCGAGAGUACAGCUGUGACACACCCUUGCCAUUUGUGUGUGAGAAAGUCAACAUCACGACUGUGGAGAAAAACCCACUGGAGCCCCGCCCGGGCGGCCUGCCCUGCGGGAACGAUUCUCUGGCCUUUAGAGACAAGUGCUACACAGUGUUCAAGCCUUUGUUGCUGCCGUUUGAAAAAGCCAACGAACACUGCCAGAGUCUGCGAGGGACCUUGCCAGUCAUCUCCAGUCAAGCAGAGCAGGAUUUCAUCAUGUCCCUGCUGCCGGAUCAUUCACUCAGUAAAUUGUGGAUUGGACUGAGGCGUAGGCAUAACAAGCCAGAGUGGAAGUGGCUGGACGGUUCUUCCUUGACCUUAGAUAACUUCAACACCUUACUGCAUGGGCAGAUGCGCUAUCUGCCCAUCCAUAGCAUGGGAAAUCUGGAUCUAUGCACAUUCAUGUACAAUGGCCCGAGCGUAGAAAUGAUGGGUACCUGGGACUACACAACCUGCUCUGAUGCGCAGUUCUUCGCAGUCUGCCAACACGAUGCAGACAAACCAGAAAGCCCCAAGGCCCCAGAAGGAAACUUUGCUGUGGGAAACCACACAUACAAAAUCUUGCAGAAGAACAUGACCUGGUUCGCAGCUUUGGAGUCGUGUAAGGAGCUGGACAUGGACCUAGCCAGUGUGUUGGACGGAUUUCAGCAGGCGGGACUCACUGUAGCCACCAGCAGAACCAACGCCCCCCUGUGGAUCGGCCUCUUCAGUGAAGACGAUGGUGUCCACUAUCGCUGGACAGACCACAGCCACACAGUGUUCAGCCGCUGGUUCUCGGAGCCCACCAGUGGACGUUGUGUCUACUUGGACACCGACGGCUUCUGGAAAGCCACCGAAUGUGAGCAGGAGCUGGCAGGAGCCAUCUGCCACAUUCCCCAAGUUGAAAAGACUCUCGAGGAUGCGGCUGUAAAAUGUCCGCACAGAGCCAACGGGCCUGGCUGGACGCCGUUCAGAAACCACUGCUACGCCUUUCACCGGGAGGCCUCACGAUGGGCCGCGUAUGACAAGGGGGACAGCCGUGAAACAUGCAAGAAAUUAGACCCCAGUGCAGAAGUCUUAACAAUCAGAGAUGAGGAGGAGAAUGACUUUGUGAGAAAGCAGCUGCUGCCUUUGAGAGAUCUGGUGGCAUUUGUCUGGAUCGGCAUCUUCAAAGACAAUGAAACUAACCAGCUGAAAUGGUACGACGGCACGAACGUCCAAUACUCCAACUGGAAUGAAGGAAGACCCAACGUAACUGAGAAGUUCAUGGCAGGCCUCUCCUCUUCAGGCUCUUGGAAAUUAUUCACCACGAAACAUAGUUUUGACCGCAUCAAGCAAGUCAGUGUUGUUGCCUGCAAAAUUGACUAUGAUUCAAAAGAGGAUUUCAGCAAAUAUGUCAGCGAUUUUGAGAAUUACGGCAGCUUGAAAUACAAGGUGAUCCAGAAGAAGUUGAUGUGGUCCGAUGCUUUGCGGGAGUGCGGGAACAUCGGUGGUCAUUUAGCCAGCGCUCAUGACCUCGCACAAGACGCUCACCUCCAGCUGAUGUCCAAGAUCGAUGGCUUCCCACUGUGGAUUGGACUCUCCUCUCAGGAUGAAAUUGGCUCAUCGCUCGAGUGGUCAGACGGGACUAGCAACGACUACAGGCCUUUGGGCUUUUCGUACUCCGGCUCCAAAGGCAACUGCUUGCUCGUGAACAGGACCGGAUCGUGGGUGCAAGCAAACUGCACCUCUCUGCAAGAGGGAGCGAUCUGCUACAUCAGCAACAGUUCAAAGCCUUCUCCUCAACAGUCAAAUGCUUGUACCAGGAUUGCAGGCAAUUCCAAGUGGAUUCAUUACAAAGACCAUUGUUACGCAUUUGACAUGACAUUGUUUAAUUACUCCGUGUACACAAUGGAGGAGGCAAAGACCAUCUGUAACAAUCUUGAUGAAUCGUCACAGCUCCUGACCAUUGAGGAUGCAGAUGAAAACACAUUUGUCUCCAGAUACAUUAUGGAAAACCCCCUAAUCACGAAGCGUGUGUGGCUCGGCUUGGAUCCGGACAAACAAGAUGACUCAAAGUGGAUAGAUGGCACCGAUGUGGGAUUCUCCAACUGGGAGCAGAAAGCAGGCCUGCUCGCAGGGACCGGACACGGCUGCGCGGUCAUGAUGUCGGGUGACGAAGGCGUGUGGAGCUGGGUCAGCUGCACGGAGAUCCGCAGCAGGGUGGUCUGCAAAGCGCCCGCGCAGAGGAGAGGCACACCGGCCGCUUUUGCCUUCUUCUUUAUCUUGGUGAUAGCAAUCCUUGCUAUAGUGCUGCUUAUGAUAUGGAAGAAGAAAAGGUCCCGUCUGUCCACAACAGUGCGGUACCAAAGAAACUUUGAGGAUGUUGACAGCGCAGACAUAUUAACCGAAAUGGAGAGAGAAUCUCUAAAAUAGUAACAGAAAUGUGCCUUUGCAAAAUUAAUAGUAAUGCUUAAACACAAAUAUGUAUGCAGAACGCCAGACAAACACUCCCUAAACAUUCCAUUACAUGAAUUUUGCAUGUACUUCUAAAACGUGCCUUCCAGUAUAUUCACAAACAGUUCCCCAAAAUAGCUUUUGGUACACUUUACACUCCUUAUAUCCUUCUAUCAAGCCUGUAUAAAAUUGACAUGUUUUUAUUUCAGUUAAAAUUAAGUGAUGUUGAUUGGCACAUUAAUGUGAGUUGUAUUUAAAUAUUUUUGUUAAAGAUUUUUGUUUCAAAUACACUGUGUUUUUAAUGUAAAAAAACCUUGAUAUAUGUGAUAUGUGUACAUUCAGUGACCACUUUAUUUAGGUAGACCUGUACAUCAGCCUGUUAAUGCAAAUAUUUAAUCAGCCAAUUAUGUGGCAGCAACUAAAUGCAUGAAAGUAUGCAUAUUUGGUCAAGAGGUUCAGCUGUUUUUCAGACCAAAUGUUGAUGCCAGGCAGGGUGGUUUGAGUAUCUCACAAACUGUCUCCAGAGUUUGCAGAGAAUGGUGCGAAAAACAAAAAACAGCAAAGAGCAGCAGUUCUGCAGGCAAAAAUUAGAGGUCAGGGGAGCAAGGCCAGACUGGUCCAAGCUGACAGGAAAGUAACGUAAAUAACCUCGUAUUACAACAGAGGUAUGCAGAAGAGCAUCUCUGAACACACAAAACUUUUAAGUGGACAGGCUACAGCAGCAGCACACCAAUAGGUCUAGAAAAUAAGUCUUAAUAAAUACCUAAUAAAGUGCUCACUGAGUGCAUGUGUGCACACAAAGACAUCAUCUCCAAACUAUUGUAGGGAUAUUUUAUGUUAGAGGCUUAUCAGGGUUUUCUUCCUCUUGAGCAUGCACUGAGAUUCAUGCACAUUUAUUUGUUGCAAUUAUGUAAUUAUAUUUUGUUCUUUUGAAAUUCUAAUUGCAGAUUUAGAUUUCUUAAUGAUGAAUUAUUAAAUUAAACAAUGGCAGAGCUUACACCUCAAUUAAGGUGUAAAAUUUGUGCUCAUUAACUGAUGAGUUGAAAAUCUGCUUAUUUGUAAGGCUGGGUUUUGAGCUUUUAUUAGUGGCAUUUUUGUCACUGUUGUUAAAUAUUUGCGUUACCGGGGCGAGUGAGAUUUUUAUUUUUCAUUCUAAAAAAAAAACUGAAUCCAAUUAAUUUUUUUUAUUCAUAUCGUUUAGUGUGGAUGAAUUUAAUUAGCAUUGCCAUCAUAGUUUUUAGUUUUUCUUUCCCAAUUUGGUGGCUAAUUGUACCCUGUUUAUUGUAAAUUCUUGUGUUCUCCUGAGGAAACCCUGGGGGCCAGGGUUCUUCAAGCCGCUCUGUCUCUGGUCCCUGACCGUGAUUCCGAGACGAUCAUGCAGCGAUUCUCUCCCCUGAGUCCCUCACCCUACCCUAAUCAUUGCCACUCCCUCCCAUUAUGGCCAUACUCAGAUCUGGCAGGACCAGGGCACAAACCACGGUCCGCGGUGGGCAACUGCAUGCAAUGUCCAGUGCCAUUGCCUUAACUUUAUAGUUGUUCGUUUUACUAAAAAAGUUUGAAUGUAAUUUUUAAGGCUGUAUUUUGGAUGAUUAUAUCCUCUAACUGUGCAUUCAGCCAAUUGGAUUACUUUGUUAACCUUAAUUAUUGUAAUGUUUGUAUGUACAGUGAGCACCUUUAUUUUUUGGGUUAUUUGAAUUUGAUACAAUGACAAUGCGGUUGAAUGCGGACUGUCAGCUUUAAUUUGAGGGUAUUUUCAUCCAUAUUGGAUGAACCGUUUAGAAAUGAAAUGACAUCACCUGCACUUAUGUGUUCCUUAGGCAGGUUUUUACAUUUUUGUCUUUAGUGAAUGCAGAAGAGAGUUGUUGAUGUCUAGUCUUGAUUCUAGGCUACAAUUGCCUUUGGAGAUUGUUGUUGGGGUGUGACAACAUGAUGAAGACAACAGUGUCUAUUCAAAUGAAGCUACCCAUCAUAAGGCUCAGAAAUAAAAUCAAGAACAUUUUUCUAAUGCUGAUUUAAAAAAUGAGCAGAGCAUCACCAAGGAAGAUACCCAGCAUCUGGUGUCGCAGACUUCAAGCUGCCAUUGCAUCCCAAGGAUAUAAGGCUAGAUAUUAAAAAUGAUUACUUUUGUCUAACUUGCGUUAAACUGUUCAAUAUUUUUGUGAAAAUACCCUCAAAUUGACAGUCUGCACUUCAACCUCAUUGUCACUGUAUCGUUUCAAACUGAAAGUAGAGUUCAGAACCAAAAUAACAAGAAAUGUGACAUUAUCCGAUGGAUUAUGGUGAUCGUUGUAUAUGCAAUCUGAAAUAGUACCUGAAUCCUUUGAGGCAAUGCAUUUUCAAGCACAUAAUGUCAUACAGUAGAUGCACUGUUUUUAAUUCAUUGUUUUUGCUGAAGAUAUUUAUUUUUGUCAGAUAUGUCAAUUUUGAAUGUAAUGUUUCAGGCUAUAUUUAUGAUUGAAGCCUAAUUUAUGCAUUCAAACUACUGAUUAUUUGAGCAUCUUGAAACCUGAAACAUCUUGAAAUUGUAUUUGCUUAUUAAAUAUUUUUGAUACUUUCAGUAACAAAUUUGGGUACAGAUACAUAUACUCUGCACUGUAGUAGUAGUAGUAGCAGCAUUGUUUCAUUUUGUAUUUGAAUGAUAAUUUGUUUGGCAAUGCAAAACCCAAUGUUUGAAAGUGUAUGUAUGUACUUGCCUUGAACUUUGAAAUAACCAAGGGAAAUCACAAUUCCAUCAAUGUAAAGAUAUAAACACACUUUGAAUAUGUGAUCAGAUGGUUUUGUUUUGGAAAUGUAAGAAUGUAUAAAGAAAAACAAAAUAGAAAAUGAAAAGUCUUCCAAUAAACCUUCAGUCUUAA